UGAUCCAUUAACUCUCCUUGCAGUCAAUGACUAUCGAUUACAACACCGAUUCAAAGUUCAACACAUAAACAGCUCCUGAUCAUGGUUAUAGGAGCAGCAUAAUGUCUCUGAAGACGUUUCCCUGCAGAGUUUUGUUGAGAUGUUUGAACCCCGGUGUCUCGGUGGGACGGAGCUCCGCGCGGGGCUACUACAACAACACCGGGAAGCCCAGAGACCCGCAGCCGGGCGGAGCGACUCGCGGCCGGCUGGUGGACCUCCGCAGCGACACGGUGACCAAACCGGGGCCAGCGAUGAGGCAGGCGAUGGCUGAGGCCGAGGUCGGAGAUGACGUCAUGGGAGAAGACCCGAGUGUUAACGAGUUACAGGAAAUAGCAGCUGAUAUGUUCGGGAUGGAGGCCGCACUGUUCGUUCCUUCUGGUACCAUGAGUAAUCUCAUCGCAGUGAUGGUGCACUGCAGGGAGCGGGGCGACGAGAUGAUUGUGGGAGAUCUGUCCCAUUUACACGUCUAUGAGCAAGGAGGCAGCGCACAGCUGGCUGGUGUCCACCCCACCACGGUGACCACCCUCCCCGAUGGAUCAUUUGACUUGGAGCAGCUGGAAUCGAAGAUCCGCCACGGUUACCCCGACCCUCACUUCCCCCGCUCGCGCCUCAUAUGUGUGGAGGACACACACAACAUACAGGGAGGGCGUGUGCUGCCGCUGACAUUCCUACAGGAGGUUCGUGCUUUGGCAGAUAGAUAUGAUCUGGCAGUCCACAUGGAUGGAGCCAGGGUGAUGAACGCCGCUGUGGCCCAGGGGGUGCCUCCAUCCACCAUACUGCAGCACACACACACCGUCAGCGUGUGCCUCUCCAAGGGUUUGGGUGCCCCCGUGGGAACCAUGCUGGCUGGACCUCAAGACUUCAUCUCCCGGGCGGUGCGGUGCCGUAAAGCUCUGGGUGGGGGGAUGCGGCAGGCUGGUAUUCUGGCAGCAGCUGGAAAACUGUCUUUACUGGAGAUGGUAGGAAGACUGGAGGAGGAUCACCGCAAUGCAAAAACCUUUGCUGAAGCUCUGCUCGACUGUGACCCUCCUCUGUUCGCUGUAGACAUGGCCGCCGUGGAGACGAACAUCCUGCGUUUCCGUCUACAGGAGUCCAGCUUAAGCCCCUCUGAGUUCUGCGCCCGUAUGGGUCAGGUUGGCGAGGGAGAGGAGGCAGCACUCGGACAGGGGAUACAAGUUCUCAUGUACCCCUAUUUUGGAAAUUCAGUACGGGCUGUGUGGCAUCUUGGGAUUUCCCCUGAAGACACCCAGCUGGCCAUCCAGAAAAUGCAAUUUGUGGCUUCUGAGUUCUUGAAGGAAAAAGUCAGGAUCCAGUGAAACCUGAUGCUUCCCAAGAUGUGUAGUCUAAUCACGAGGACUGAUCAUUGAAAAUGUACACAGACUAAUCAAGAAAGACAUGGGACAAAUACUGUACAACUGGAGUCACAUGGGAUAUCUUUAUAUCAGUAUUCAUUUACAUUUUUUUGUAAUUCUUAUUAAAUUUAAUGAACCCAC